CUUCUGUUGCGAGUCAGUGUACAUUUAUAAUAAACCCUAUGCUAGAUCUAAUUGUCAUCUAGCUAGCUGGGUUCCACGUUCAUUCCGCUGUAAAUCGAUGGGCGAUCUGACAUUCUUACCCAUAUCAGUUUUCUAAAAGACAAUAACUAUGCUGCCUCAAAAGCGUCGCAAGAUUCUACUUGCUUGCAGCCAGUGUCGAAAUCGUAAGACGCGUUGUAAUGGGGAUCGACCAAUCUGCAGAUCUUGUCAAGAAAGAGGAUUGAAGUGUCAGUACGAACAAAGCUUGCCAAAGUCGUCUUCGUCAAUUUCCGAGAUAGAAGGCCGCUUGAGGUUACUUGAGCAGAGCCGAACCAGCUCAGAACGUCCAGACAGCUUUGAAGCAUCCCAGUGCUCCUCAAACCCACUGGCUAAUGCUUUGCACGAGUUGCGUGAUGAGCAUGUAGAAGUUAAGCAGCUAGGACAAGAAACAAUUCUUGUUGACCAGUCAAUUCACGGAUCUUCCUCCAAUGAUUCUUUUAUCAACCAAGUCACCGCUGUCAUGGACACAGCAAAUAAGGCUCAGCAAGAGUGGCCAAAUACCGCACAAUCUCGGGGUGCAGAAAGCUCCCUACCCCUCCAGUCUCGCAUCGCUCCGGAACUGAAUUUUCCAUUUCCGAGUCCAGAAGAUUCGGUCGCGUUGAUGGAAUGCUUCUGGGACAACAUCCAACCUAUAUUUCCAAUCCUGCAUCGUCCAAGCGUCCAGCGCUCAUACAGCCUUAUUUGCCAACCUUGUGAAGCUGAUGUGGGGAGAGAUGUACUUGAAAGGGAUCUCCUUCAAGCAACCUUGAACAUUAUAUUCGCCCUUGGCUGUCAAUAUGACAACCACCUCCCUUUUGAGCAGCGCACUACUUCUGCGGCUGAAUUCUACGAAAGGUCUCGCACCUUUUUUUCUCUAGAUGCAAUAGACGUUCCGACCCAGUCACACGUCCAGCUGUUUCUCCUAACAGCAAUCUAUCUGCAUUCUACAGCAUAUGCCAAUCGGUGCUGGGACAUGGUCGGUGCUGGGCUCCGACUUGCUCAAAGUCUUGGCCUACACCAAGAGAACAAUUUUCUUCAUAGCAAUGAAUCUCAACUGAAACGAGAAAUGCGGCGUAGGAUCUGGUAUUGCUGCGUCAUCCUUGAUAAAAUGACAGCGACGACUUUUGGACGGCCUGUAACCCUAUCCAGAUUUUGGAAUGUCGAGCCGCCUCAAGCGAUUGACGAUGAAUUUCUCCAGCAUGUUGGUAAAGGCUGCCAGCCACCAGGUCUUCACUCCAAAAUGGAUGGAUUUGUGUACUCCAUAAGUCUUUUCGAUAUCCUCGACAACGUCUUAUCUACCAUCUAUUCUUCUUCGAAUGACAAAAUCGAACACCCCUCACAAGAGAAACCUCAUUUGACAUUCACGAAGAGACUGGUCAGCACAUUCACGCUGAACUCGCAACUUGACGACCUACUCAAGAACAUCCCAACACACUUGAAGUUGCAGGAGGAUUUCACAAAUAACGCUAGCCAGAUGAAGAGAUGUUUUCAGGUACAAACGAAGACCCUGAAUUGCAGGAUCCUGUAUGUCCGGCUUCUUAUCCUUAGACCUUGGCUUCUUGAGGGGGUUCACCCUGCAGGGGGGAAUAUUGUUUCAUCUAGAACAAUGAAUUCUUCAACGCUGGGCCAAAACACUACACAAGAGAUCAGAACUCUCUGUGUCUCCACGGCACAACUAAUCAUAGACACGCUGUACGAAGAUGAGUUGAACUCUAGCCAAAGUUCUAGCUGGCAUGCCGUCUACUUCUCAUAUGCAGCUGCUAGCAUCCUUUUGGCUGCGGCUAUACGUCCUGAUAGCAGUGUGGAUCUAGAAUCCGAACCUUACAAGGCCUCCUGGCGGAAGGCGAUUCACACCUUAAAGCACAAUAAAGUGCAACUCCACGCUUCAUUUCGGGCGGUCGAAGUGCUGGAGGGUUGUCGAGAAAGACUACGGUCUGCUAUGAAACUAACAGCAGAUUCAUUAAAUGGACAAGACGCUCUACCUCCGGGAGAAGUAGAAUUCGACUGGGCGGUGGAUAUGAAUUCGGAAAUUAGGGAACUGGAUCUACUCAGCCCCAAUUUCUUCCUAGACUCUUGGUAAAAAUCUGAAAAAUUAGGACCUACAUUCUAGUAAUACGGACUAUUAAGUCUAUCACUAGCUCCCUAACCGUCGCUUUUUUUUCUUAAUGAAUAUGCCUUCGAAAAUUUUGACCAAAGGUUAAAAUAAGGAGGUUCUUCGUUUGAUAAGAAGAGAGGCGGGCGCUUCAGCGAUACUUCGAUCCAGUCUUGGCGCUUUUCUGAACAUGGUUCCGUGGUCUCUUACAAAUCGGUGGAAAUAUAAUCUGUAUUGUUUCUUACAGAUCGGUGUAAAUAUAAUCUGUGCUUGGUGUGUUUUUUCUGUCCACUUAAUUCAACCCUCCUGUUUCUCAUAGUCUCACGUGUUAGCCCGGAUGGGUUGCUGCUGUCCGUGCGCUACACUUGAAACUUUGUCGAUUUCAUCCACCUUACACUUACACACUUAUGAAUGGAGGUGGAGCCACUAGUGAGCUGGUCUACUAGGUUAUUUCCACGCAUAUCAGCAUUAGCAAUCGAUACUGCCACUCACAGGUAGGAAGCUUAAAUAGACAAUAAUGAACAGUCCUAUUUAGUAAUGCAAAUUACAGGGAG